CCCGCUACUUUUUGACAUCUAACCUGAAUCCAGAAUCAGUGUCGAAGCACGUUUUCUUGCAUUUUCACUUCGAUUUCCCAACCUUGUGUCAUCCAGUUCAGUAUUUAAACAGUAAGAAUCUCAGUAAAGUUAUUAUAAUGCCUUCCGAAGCUGCUUGUAUCUUGCGUUUCGCAAAAUUGACCGAAAACGCCUUUGCUCCAAUGAAAGGCUCCGCCAAGGCUGCCGGAUUUGACCUCAAGAGUGCUUAUGAUUGCGUUGUCCCUGCGCGUGGAAAGCAGCUUGUGAAGACGGACAUCCAGAUUCAGGUUCCGGAAGGUUGCUACGGUCGUGUAGCUCCUCGCUCUGGCUUGGCCCAUAAGAACUUCAUCGAUGUUGGAGCUGGUGUCAUCGAUGAAGACUACAGAGGAAACGUCGGUGUGAUUCUCUUCAAUCAUUCCGAUAUAGAUUUCAAAGUCACCAAGGGAGACAGGAUCGCCCAGUUGAUCUGCGAGAAGAUCUUCUACCCAGAAGUCGAAGAAGUUCAGUCUCUGUCCGAGACUGAACGCGGAAGCGGAGGAUUCGGCUCCACCGGCACCAAGUAGUCCUUUCCAUAUGAUUUGCCUACAUUUUGGCGUCAAUUCUCUUUCACUCACACUCCCGCCAAAUAUUAUCUUGAACAAGUUCCAAAUGAAUAAAUGUGUUGGAUUUUUCUAAA